AUGGAAUGCACCUCUAUCAGCACCAGCGCCUCUACGAUUCGUUCAUUGCACGGUAGUUUCGUCGACCAGAAUGUCUCAAGCGUAUCUCUACCUUCGUCACCGCGUUCCAGCACCAGCGCCCUGCCAUCGCCACCGGACAGCCCGUCUUUGGACUCCGUCUCAUCAUUUCCCUCCGUUUCUUCCUCGUUUUUCUUCAGUUCCACAGGCGCAAGUCCUCCAUCUCAGCAGUCAGAUCAUGGCCGAGACUCAACACAGGGGCUCAUUAUUCCGUCAUUGACACUACCAGAUCCUCUACGCUACCCAACGCCCUAUGGCCAGACUUUGGGAGACAUUCGCCUCAUUACACUUGGGACGAAGGGUGUCGGAAAGAGUUUCCUCACCAAACUGCUACUCGAAGACAACGAGGAUGUGGUAGAUGAGGGCAUCUGGGAAGACGGGGAGUAUGGGAAGGUGGUGCGUGCGUCGACUGAUUGGAUAGACCGACGGGAUGCCCACGGUCUAGAAAAGUUUGAGCCAGCACGGAAUGUCGAGAUUCACGAGUUACCGGGAUACGAGUACACCGACAACGAACUAAUAAUGCAUAUCAAGUCGAUGAUCCAAGCACCUUUUUGUGCUGUAUCUGAUAUCUUGGAUCCAUCAUGCGAUCCUUCUACUGCAUCCACUAACCUCGUGUCGUCGGCUUACACACCGCUCUACACGGCGCUAGUCCUCUUGUUAUCGUCAAAUUCCUCCAUCGAACGGACACUAAUCACGGAGCUGUCCAACUACAUUCCUAUUAUUGCCCUUCCCCAUGUUGAUCACGACGAUGUCAUCUCCCCGUCGAUAUCAUCAUUCCGACCGUCAUCUCCGAUAGCUCUGCGUCAGGGCCUUUUCCGCAGCCCCACAACAUUACUGACCUUAAGAAGUGAAGCUGCUGACCGCUUCUUCCGCUGGCGCGAAGUUUCCUAUCUCACUGAUAGCAUUCGCGCACAGCGCCAACGCCAAGUUUCCACCCGAAGCAAGGCAUGGAAAGAUAAGGAUUGGGAAGCCUUGUUGUCCUACGACGUUGCGAAGAGAUUGAGGGAUCUUGAUAGGAAAUGCGAAACCCAUGCGCCUAGUUUCGAUCAGAAGUCCGAACCAGAUCUACCUUGUUUCGGUGUGCCCGGUUUAGACCCCCUGCACUUCACGUCGCUGUUCAUGUUUUCGAUAUCGAUGCUGGGACCUCUGCAAAGGCGGACGCGGAGAUCUAUUCGGGGUUUCUUAUCAGGCGUGACAAAUUGGAAUGUCUGUGUUGCCCUUGUUGGGGGAUUUUGUAUCGGGUUGGGGAUUGGGAUUUUGCUUAGAUAG